AUGGCCUCGUUGGAGGACCGGUUCCAGGUCCUCAAGGACGUCGGUGAUGGUAGCUUUGGAAGCGUUGCUCUGGCCAGAGUCGCUAUCAAGACGAUGAAGAAGACGUACAACUCGUUUACAGAGUGUCUGGAUCUACGGGAGGUCGUCUUCCUUCGCACGCUGCCGCAGCACCCCCAUCUGGUGCCGGCCUACGACAUCUUCCUCGACCCGGGCACCAAGAAGCUACACAUCUGCAUGGAAUACAUGGACGGGAACCUGUACCAGCUCAUGAAGGCGCGAGAACACAAACCGCUCGAGACCAAGGCCGUCAAGUCGAUUCUCUUCCAGAUCCUGUCCGGACUAGACCACAUACACGCCCACCAGUUCUUCCACCGAGACAUCAAGCCAGAGAACAUCCUCGUCUCAAGCAACACCUCGCUCGAGUCGUCUUCCUCCACCUUCAGCCGCUACUCGCACCUCGUCACGCCUCCCUCCACCCCUGCGAAUUAUACAGUUAAGAUCGCGGACUUCGGUCUGGCGAGGGAGACGCUCUCGAAGCGGCCGUACACAAACUACGUUUCCACACGGUGGUACCGGGCUCCAGAGGUGCUGCUGAGAGCCGGUGCCUACUCCGCUCCCGUCGACAUGUGGGCGGUCGGAGCCAUGGCCGUCGAGAUAGCAACCCUGAAGCCGCUCUUCCCGGGCAAGGACGAGGUCGACCAGGUCUGGAGGGUGUGUGAGAUCAUGGGCUCUCCAGGCAACUGGUACAGCAAGAACGGAGCCAGAGUCGGCGGUGGUGAAUGGAGAGAUGGCAUCAAACUUGCCCAACGACUAGGCUUUUCGUUCCCCAAGAUGGCUCCCCAUGCACUGGAAACGAUCCUUCCCACCACUCACUGGCCGCUUGCUCUGAGCCAGUUUGUGACAUGGUGUCUGAUGUGGGAUCCCAAGGCCCGUCCUACCUCGACUCAGGCCCUCAACCAUGAAUACUUUACCGACGCCGUCGACCCUCUGCGGCCCAAGUCGUCGACAGCCCGUCUCCUCGGUCGGAGACAGAGCGACAAGAGCUUCAAGGUCAAGGAGCUCGACGCGCCCGCUCCCACUCUUGUCUCAAAGCCUUCGUGGUUCAGACGGUCGAUCAUCGGGGCAACGGGACGAGACAGCCCUGCCCUUGGCAAUAUGGCAGAGAGCACCGACGGACCGACAACUGAGCAACAAGCUACCAUGGUCAAGGUCAGCCCAGAGGUGGCAGUGCAGGUACAGGUAAAAACAAAACCAAAGCGUGCAACCUGGGCAAACGGUGCUCCCAUGCCUAUUCUUCCAUCCAUACGGCCCGUCUCACCCCUUUCCAACGCCGUCACGGCCCAAGGUAACUCCCACGCAAACAACAGCAACAGCAACAGUCCAGCCAGAAAGGCUUCAAACCCAAGCACCAACCAGCAGACCAAUGCUGCAGCAUCCAAGAAAGUGUCUCGCCAGCUCUCCGUCAACAGCAACGGGAACCACUAUGCAGAUAUCCACCGUGCAGAGGCGGAGCGGGCCCUCAACGGGUCCACGGCAACAACGCCCACUCAGAAAGAAAGCUUCUUCUCGCAUCUGCGGAAACGCGCUCGUCGGUUAUCUGGUAGGAAUCAAACCACCAUCCCUGCCGACGACGUGGAGGCAAACGCAGCCAGUGCUGGCUGGUCUGGUGCAACGUCCAACCGAUCGAGCAUGGCCAUUGACUCUGUCACCACCAGCCCGAUAGCAAAGCAACAAGCGUCCAAGGUAAAAGGAAAGAAUGGUUUCGCCGACCUUGACAAGGCGCUGCAGGAUGUCAAGUAUUCGCUGGACAAUGGGACCAACCCGCAGCAGAGUACAUCGACAAGCCAGGUUCCUUCCCCUGCCCAGAGUACCGGUGCAGGCGCGGCCAGCUGCACUGCUCAGAGCCCCGUAGCAGGCCCGAUAUCAAGUCGGACCCGCCGUGCCCUGCAACUGUCCUCUCGUCCCGUUCAACGGUACGAGACCCCCGAGGAGGAAGACGAGCUCCUCCAGGAGGUUCUCUACUCUACUACCAAUGCCGCCAGGCAUCUACUGGCCGACCAGCCAGAACCGACUAUCGACGAACACGUCUACCAUCAGCAGCAGCGACAGCACCACCUGCAACAACAGCAGAAACUUCAACAGAAGCAGCAGCCAAACACCUACCCAUUUGUCGACACCGACACCGACACGCCCAUGCAGCAUACCCCCUCCAUACGGACGGUGGAUGACAGCUGUCGUGCGGGUCACAAUCCAUACCCUACUCCGUCCCCCACUGCCAGACGAGACGCACCGGGGAUGAACAUGAACAUGUGCAUGGGUAUGGGCAUCGGCCUGGCGCUGACUCCUGACGAAACGCCAUCGAAACCAAUGGCCAAGGGGUUUGUCGCUGCCAACGUAGGGAACCGACAAGGUCCCACGCCUCCGUACGACGACCAUCAAUGGCCUAGUGCCGUUGGUGUAGGUGGCUUUCGAUAG